CAAAAUUUGAACGCGUCAAUGCGAAAUGUUGCAAUCGGAAGUAUGUAUAUAUUGGAUGGAGAAGGAACAUUUUGCCCAAACGGAGAAGGAACAUUUUGCCCAAAAGACCUCUAACGUUAGUGAUCUAAGAUGGAUCUGGUAAAGCGUUGCUUUGCUCUUGUUGUGGAAGUAAUAUUAUGUGCACCGAAUUUCUGCUUGGCAUCCAAGACAUGCAGCGCGAACGACGUUCGGACCGCAGUGUUGUUGAUCCGUGAAACGCAGACUGUUAUCAGAGAACAAAAAAUGGACAUGAAACAGCAACUUAACACAUUGCAAGAAGAAAUUCGAAUGAAAGGAACAGAAAUAGAUACCCUUCGAACUCAGUUAAACGGAAAUAUAAUAACAUUGCAAGAAGAAAUCAGAAAGAAGGGAAAAGAGAUAGACAGUCUUCGAACACAAUUAAACAAAAUCACAACAGCGGCAGCUUCGCAUGUUCCGAAGACAUUCCAUGCGUACUUGAGCUCAGACGUCACCCUCAGCGACAAUGAAAUCAUAAAGUUCGAUAUCGAGGAAACAGACACCGUGAACAGCUACGACACUACUAACGGAAUGUUCACCGCUCACGUUGACGGAUUCUACUUCUUGGCUAUUACAAUACAUUCUCCUGGCAAUAUCUACGUCGGCGCCGAGAUAGUCGUUAAUGGCGUCGUCAAGGGUGAAGCGUUCGCUGACUCGGAGGAAAUUGCCGACACGCACUCCUCCAGCGCGAUGACAAUCGUCCAGAUGAGUGCCGGAGAGAAGGCGUACGUCAGACCGGCGGUUUUUAUAGUGUUCCUGUGGGGAUCUGUGGUAGGAGGGAUGGAGGACGGCACGUUUGAAAGUCGGUUUGAGUACGAGUACAAGGUUCUGAAGCAGCUGGUUGUGCUGGAGAUGGAGACAAACGAGCUUCGAGGCAUGGUGACCACCCUCACAUAUAGACUUGAAGGACUUGGAGAAAACAUUGAAACUAUAGACAAAAAUACGUCAUCAACAACCAUUAAACAUGUGCCUACAUGA